AUGGCUUCUUUCUAUGACGAAAUAGAAAUUGAGGAUUUUGAAUUUGAUAAAGAAACGCAAACAUAUCACUACCCAUGCCCAUGUGGAGAUCGGUUUGAAAUAACAACGGCUGAUUUAAUGGAUGGAGAGGAUAUAGCUAGAUGUCCAAGUUGUUCCUUAAUGGUUCGAGUAAUUUAUGAUCCGGAUGAUUUCCAGGAUGAUAAUCAAGAGACGACUAUAGAUCUCAGAAAACAAGAGGUUGCUAUUUGA